AUGGCACAAAAUAUAGUUGUACAAGUUGGUCAAUGUGGUUCUCAAAUUGGUUGUCGAUUUUGGGAUUUAGCUUUACGUGAACAUGCUUCACUUAUGUCUUCAACAAAUCCAAAAAAAUGCAUUUAUGAUGCAUCAUUAAGUGCAUUUUUUCGUAAUGUUGAUGAGAAUAAAAAUACUUCUUUAUCAUAUCCAUCACCAAUACGUACACUUAAAGCACGAGCUGUUCUUGUUGAUAUGGAAGAAGGUGUACUUCGUUCAAUACUUGCGAGUCCCUUAAGAGAUUUAUUUGAUGGUGAACAAUUUAUUCGGGAUGUUAGUGGAGCAGGUAAUAAUUGGGCUGUUGGAAAUCGAUUUUAUGGAGAAAAAUAUCGACAAGUUUUAAGUGAUGAAAUUCGUCGACAAGCUGAACAAUGUGAUUCAUUACAAAGUUUUAUGAUGAUUCAUUCCAUGGGUGGUGGCACAGGUAGCGGUCUUGGUACAUUUAUUUUAUCUUUAUUAGAUGAAAUGUAUCCAAAAGUAUGUCGUAUUGUAACACCAGUUUAUCCAUCAAAAGAUGAUGAUGUUAUAACAUCACCAUAUAAUUCUGUUCUUGCUACACGUGAAUUAACUGAACAUGCUGAUUGUGUUCUGCCUGUUGAUAAUGAUUCCCUUAUUGAUAUUGUAUCACGUUGUGAUAAUAGUUCAACUAAAAAAAAUGAUGACGGUCGAUGUCCAUUUGAUUCAAUGAAUACAAUUGUUGCUAAUUUAAUAUUAAAUUUAACAUCAUCAUCACGUUUUGAUGGACCAUUAAAUGUUGAUUUAAGUGAAAUUCCAAUGAAUCUUGUACCUUAUCCAAGAAUGCAUUAUUUAAUUAGUUCACAAAUACCAGCACCAUUUAAAACGAAAACAAAUUCUUCCAUACCACGAAAUAUAAAUCAGAUAUUUCGUGAUGCACUCUCACCACAUUUUCAAACAUUACGUGUACAACCACAAAUUAAUGGUAUUUAUAUAGCUUGUGGAAUGAUUUUACGUAGUAAAACAAUUCAAAUGUCUGAUAUACGUCGUAAUAUUGAUUUACUUAAAUUAAAACAUAUGAAAUUUGUUAAAUGGAAUGAAGAUGGAUGGAAAAUUGGUUUAUGUAUAGUACCACCAAAUGGUUUACCAUAUUCUUUGUUAACAUUAGCUAAUCAUACAUGUAUAAAAGAAACUUUUAUUGAAUUAAAAGAACGUUUUACAACACUAUAUCGUCGUAAAGCACAUGUACAUCAUUAUACAGAUCAUAUGGAAUUGAGUGAUUUUGAACAAGCACGUGAAAAUCUUAAUCAAUUAAUUGAAGAAUAUAAAAACAUUGAACAAACAAGUGGAUUAUUAGAUACAACAGAGAAUGAAACCUCAUCAUCAUCAUCAUCAACAACAAAUAUACCGCGUUUAAAUGUUUUAUCUUGA